AAGAACACAGCGGUCUAGUGAGCAAGGUAGCACUGGUACUGUUAGCUAACCUAGCUAGCUAUCCGGUGUCUUCACUACUGGCUCUAUGGACUAGCUUGACAGGACUAAGAGCACCUAGCCAGCAUGGUUUCCUGUCUCACAUCCCGGCGUGACUGUCCAUAUUAGCUCGCUGAGUUUCUAACGGUGUGAGGGGACGUAAAGGAAGAAGACAGACAGCCGUUGGCACUGCCCAGUUCCCGGCAGCAGCAGCGGCUGCGGGUAGUGUUGAGUCCAGCUGCCUCCCGCUGCUAGCUGAAGUUCCUCAUCUGUGUGUGGAUGAGGUAGUUCGGAGAUUCACCCGGCUUACGACACACCAAGGCGGUGGAUACAUGUCUACCUCUCAACCACGAGACCAACGACGAAAGGGAAAUCUCGCAGUUCAUGUUUCGCCAAGAAGUCGGUGUGACGUCUUUUAUUCCAUCUUGUUCGUAUCUUUUCCAACACGAGAAGAGGAAUAUGUCCAGAUAUAACAUAUACAGCCUGUUGGACUGGAUCUACGGCGGGGUGGACCCCAAGUUUGAGGGCAACGGGGGCCCCGAGUGCGCCGCGUUCAUCGCGCCCCAGCAGCGUGUCAGCGAGAGUCUGGUCAUCGUCCUCAUCUCCCUGCUGGAGAUCGGCUUGGCGCUGAAGAAGAUCAACCUCUCCAAGGAGCUCAGAGUGGUUGCAAAGGACUGCACACGGGUAAAAGAGGAUAGUCUGGGCAAGAACCUGUUGCUGGUGGCGCUUUGCAUGACUUUUGGAGUGGAGGUGGGGUUCAAAUUCGCCACCAAGACUGUGAUCUAUCUGCUGAACCCCUGCCAUGUCAUGACCAUGGUUCAGAUCUUCCUGCUGGCCUGCCCGCCUGGAAAAACAGCAAUGGUUGUAUUUAGGCUGCAGGUCCACAUGCUAAACGGUGCAUUACUGGCUUUAAUGUUCCCCGUAGUCAACACUAGACUGCUACCGUUUGAGAAGGAGAUCUACUACAUCCAGCACUCCAUGCUGUACCUGGUGCCUCUUUACCUUUUCAGGAAAGGAGGAGCGUACAAGCCCGAGCCUCUGGGGGACAUGUGGUGGGCGCUGCUCUCCACCGGCAUCCUGUUCCUCUACCACUUCCUCUUCUUGCAGGUCCUUGGCCUGGCGACCGAGGUCAACCUGAACAACAUGCUGUGCCCGGCCGUGUCCGACCCCUUCUACGGGCCUUGGUACCGGGUGUGGGCGACGGGCCACCAGACCCUGCUCACCCUCGUUCACGGGAAAGUUCUCACUCUCCUCUCCCAGCACACGGGCUCUGUGUGCAGAUACCUGCUGGAUACGCUCCGACUGCGCAGCAAGAAAGUCGACUGAAUGUCCGCGAGGAUGCGCACAGACCUAGCCUUUCAUUCUAAAAUGCCUGCUCUCAUUAUGGAGAUCAUCUUCUUCUUUUCUUGUCUUUUUUUUUUUAAAUCGUUUUAAUGCAUCUUUUAAGACUUACCAUCUGUGAGCAUUUCAGGGCCAGUGAAUCAAUGUGUCAUUAUUUUAGUGUUGUAGUUGGCUUGCAUACUUGCAUGCACAAACAUAAUAGGCAUUUUAAGGCUGGUAGUUAGUCGACAGAUUUUUUUUUUUCUGAAACAGUUUCCAGAGACAUGUAUGUGAGUUUGUGGAGGAUUUCUCCAGCUGCCUUUUUGUAAAUGUAAAGUUUUGAGGACAGCAAACAGGAGUCACUACUGAUCUUGUUACACUCUGAGUUCUGUGCGUGGUAGUUCUGCUAGAUCGUAUGUCCGUGGGUAAAGCUGCCAUUUUAUUUGUCUCAAGUGCGUUUUGAAACAGAUCGUGAAUGUGAGCUGUUGUAAAAGUUCUUGCUCGUUUGUUGUCGGAGGAUUUUUUUGUUUGUCAUGUAUGAUCAACUUUCAGUGUUGUCAUGACUGAAAAGUUAUUUAUGGCGUCUCUCUGUUCCCACCUCACCACACACAUGUACAGGGUAUGAAAGAGUUGUUAGUGGCCUCUUUUGCGUUUCCGUCUCCAGCCCGUUCAGAUCAUUCCAGUUGUGAUAAUCAGGGGACACGAGGACGUAUGAAAUGCUGAGAUUCAAAGUGAUGAAUGAGGAUUUGUGGAUCUACACUGGGGUGUUGUUAUUACCUCUGCCAACUGAGAAGGUUACGUUUCUGUCUUGUUAUUUUGUUGUGAUAUUGGACCAUAUUCAGCGGGGAAUAAACGUCAGCCUGUGGUUGGAAUGAAUGUGAUUUUUUGCCAAGAUGGAGAAGAUCUUGGCAAAAUAUGUAUCUGGGCUGGAAUCAUGCAUCAUGACACUUGAAGAGAAUUUAUUGCUCAAGUUAUUCUCCACUCCACCACGACUGCGUGACGAUGAGUCACAGGCUCAGUUUAGUUAAAAACAAAUAAAAAAAAAAAAUCAUCAGAUGAUCUGCAUGAAGUCACUUUGGGUCGUUUAUUGAUGACCCAUUUCGGAAGGAAGUAUUAACCAUCACUGGCAAUUGGAAUAUUCGAGUCAUGGUAUACGUCAUUUCAAGUGUUAGGGGCGUGUGUAUUUACUGUAGCAUAUACUGUACUUCACUGUAAAGAAGGGAUAAGACUUUUGUAUUUCUAUCAGUUCGAGUGUAUGUGCUGUAUUGACAAUAAAAGUGAUUUCAAUUCAAA